AUGGGAAUGAGUGAAACACCUGAAGUGGUUGGGGAGUCGUGUCAGCCACCUGUCCUCACGUGUGGCAAAGCCCCAGGAUCCCCAGAAGAUGUCCCGGCAGAGGCCAUUAAGACGCCUUAUAGACGUGAGAGCAACAGUCCUCUAAAGAGUCAGGAAGAAGUAGAAGUGACAGGAAUUGAGCUUGUUCAAAGCAUGUCCCCGGGCUUAGUGUCAUUCACAGACACAGCCAUAAGCUUCUCUCAAGAUGAGUGGAUGAGUCUUGCUGAGAGAAGUCUGUACAGGAAGGUGAUGCUGGACAACUACGAGAACCUGGCUGCUGUGCGUCUUUGCGUUUCUAAACCAGAUGUGAUCUCCUUUUUGGAACAAGCAAAGGAACCCUGGGUGACGAAAGGAGGCCUGUGCCUGGACCUGGAGUCUGUGUGGGUGACGAGAGAAUUGUAUCCAAAACAGGACAUUUAUCAAGAAAAACUAUCCCAGGCAGUAAUUUUGGAAAGACUUACAAAGCGUGACCUUGAAUGGUCUACCUUAGGAGGAAGUUGGAGAUGUGGAAAUUUGUUUGAGAGUGAGUGAGUCAGUCAGAAAGCAACAUUUAGGCAAGACACAGUAACUUAUAUAGACACCAUUAUUGUGAAGAGAGACCAUUCUACCAAAUCUGGGACAAGUUUUCAUCUUAAUGCAUCAUCUUAUGUAAAACAGAUUUCUCCUAUGGAAGAGAGGAUACACUGUUUUGAAACACAUAAGGAAAUGCAUUCAGGUGUCAACAACCACAGACAAGAUUCUGGAGAAAAAAAGGUUCUAAGAUGUAACGACUGCGAGAAAACAUUUAACAAAGUCUCAACCCUUACUCUUCACCAGAGAAUUCAUACUGGAGAAAAACCCUGUGAAUGUAUUGAGUGUGGGAAGGCCUUCAGCCUGAGUGCCCACCUUGCUCAACAUCAGCAAACACACACGGGAGAUAAGCCCUUUGAAUGUGCCGAAUGUGGGAAGGCCUUCAACCAGAAUGCUCAUCUUGUUCAGCAUCAAAGAGUUCACCCUGGUGAGGAACCCUAUCAGUGUAAGCAGUGUAAUAAAGCCUUCAGCCAGCUUGCACAUCUUUCUCAACACCAGAGGGUGCAUACUGGAGAGAAGCCCUAUGAAUGUAUUGAAUGUGGAAAGGCUUUUAAUGACUGUUCAUCCCUAGCUCAUCAUGGUAGAAUUCACACUGGGAGAAGACCCUAUGAGUGUCUUGACUGUGGGAAAGCUUCCAGGCAGAAUGCCUCUCUCAUACGCCAUCGGAGAUAUUACCAUACUGGAGAGAAACUUUGUAUUGAUUGUGGGAAGGCUUUCACCGAUCACAUAGGACUUAUUCAGCACAAAAAGAUUCAUACUGGAGAGAGACUUUACAAAUGUACUGUGUGUGGGAAGGCUUUUAGCCAUGGCUUAUCCUUGACUGUACACCAGAGAAUUCAUAUGGGAGAGAAACCUUAUGAAUAUAGUGUCUGUGAGAAAGCAUUUAGCCACCAUGGCUUGCUCACUCUUCGUCAAAGAGUUCAUACUAGAGAGAAACCCUUUGAAUGCGAGGAAUGUGGGAGAGCUUUUCGGCAGACCACACACCUUGCUCAUCAUCAGAGAACUCAUAUGGGAGAGAAACCUUAUAUAUGUGAGGAGUGAGCACAUCUUGUGCAGCAUCAGAAAAUACACACUGGAGAGAAGCCUUAUGAAUGCCAGGAAUGUGGUCAGGCCUUUAGUCAGAUUACACACCAUGUCCAACACCAGAGAGGUCAGGCUGGUGCAAAGCCUUAUGAAUGUAAUGUUUGUGAGAAAGCCUUUAGCCAUUGCAAGUCCCUUACUCUACAUCAGAGAAUUCAUGCAGGAGAAAAGCCUUACUAGUGUAGGGAGUGUAGUAAAGCCUCCAGCCAAAUUGCCCAUCUUAUGCUACACAGGAGAAUUCAUGCUGGGGAAAGGCACUGUAUGGAGACUGGAAAAGCCUUCAGGCAGAGUGCACAUCUCGCUCAUAGUCAGCAGACUCAUUCUGGAGAGUCACCCUCACAUACUCCGUUGUCUCUCCAAUACCACCAAACCCUGUAGUUGCAGUUCUCUAAAUGCCUUCUUUUUCAAGUCCAUAUGUACUGCUCAGAAGCAUUUCAAAUCAUAAAAGACUAUCUUGAAUCCAUUUAUGAAUUAUUCCAUUCCAGAAAAACAAAGUAAUUCUAUAGCAAUAUAUGCCCCUAAGCUAAAUAUCAUUUACAUUGUAGUGCAAGACACAACCAUCUCAUUUAGAUUUCUUCAGUAGCAUGAGAGUAUUGCUCUUCUUGCCCCUCUUAAGUGCAUUUUAACACUACAAUCAGUUUGAUCUUAUAAAUAAAAAAGUUCAUGUUUCCUUUAA